AUGAUCUCCGACUGCGAGGCGCGGCUGGCGGCGCGGGACACGCUGCUGGGACCGCGGCGGCUGAAACUGUCGGCGGACACUCCUAUCACGGAGUGGAACGGUGUCGUGACUGCUCGCGGCAACCAGUUGACGGGCGAGAUUCCGCCUGAGCUGGGCGGCCUGUCCAACCUGACGACGCUGGUUCUCCACGACAACCAGUUGACGGGGCGAUUCCGCCUGAGCUGGGCGCCGUCCACCCCGACGGUGCUGGUUCUCUACUCAACCAAUUGA